AUGGCGUCCGUGUCCAAGACAGCCGUGUCCAGAAUCGUGGCCACGGCUCAACAGGAUGAAGAUACGCCCACCGAUCAGAAACGCUCGCGAGAAGAAUACAAGAAGCAGAAGGCCUUGGAAGAGGCCCGAAAAUUGGGGACAGCUGCCGCCGCUGUGGAUGAAGAGGGCAAAGACAUCAACCCUCACAUCCCUCAAUACAUUUCCGAUGCGCCUUGGUAUCUGGACCCGACCGGACCCACCUUAAAGCAUCAACGUGUGCAGGAGGAAAAGGUCAAGACCUUCGCCUCCAUUCAUGAGCAAACCCAAAAGGGCAUCAACUGGAGUCAGGGUGUGACUACGAAAUUCCGAAAAGGUGCUUGUGAGAACUGUGGGGCGAUGACGCACAAGAAACGGGAUUGUCUGGAGCGACCCCGGAAAGUGGGAGCCAAAUUCACGGGUGCGAACUUCGCGCCUGAUGAAUUUCUGCCCGGAAACUUGGAUCUUGGAUUCGAUGGGAAACGGGAUCGUUGGCAUGGCUACGAUAGUACGGCUUAUGGCGAGGUGGUGGAGGAGUUUACCAAGGUGGAAGAGGUCAAGAAGGAUUUGAAGAAGGAAAAACUCCAUGAAGGCCUAGGCAAUCCGGAAGAAGAUGACGGGGCCCCCAGUAGUGACGAAGAUGAGGAUAAGUACGUGGACAAAAUGGACAUGCCGGGCACGAAAGUGGACGCUGCUGAGCGAUACACUGUGAGAAACUUGCGCAUUCGCGAAGACACGGCUAAAUAUUUGAGAAAUCUCGAUCCCAAUUCGGCUCAUUACGAUCCCAAAACGCGCUCUAUGCGUAAGAAUCCGUAUGAAACCACGGGCAAGUCCGAGACAGAGGUAGCAUAUGCUGGCGAUAACUUUGUCCGCAUAUCGGGUGACACUGUGGAACACGCCAAGUCACAAAUGUUCGCUUGGGAGGCCGGGGCCAAAGGCUUGGAUGUGCAUGCCCUGGCUGAGCCCACCAAACUCGAGGCCUUGAAGAAAGAGUACACGACCAAGAAGGAUACCUUCAAGGACACGGCCAAGAACAGUAUUCUGGACAAAUACGGAGGGCACGAACAUCUGGAAGCCCCGCCGCGUGAGCUCAUCUUUUCUCAAACCGAGCAUUAUGUGGAAUACAGUCGGCAUGGAACCGUGCUCAAAGGAGACGAGUCCAAAGUGGUGCGAUCUCGCUAUGAGGAGGAUGUCUACCCCAAUAAUCACACCUCAGUUUGGGGAUCAUUUUGGAAUGAGGGCAAGUGGGGAUAUAACUGCUGUCACUCAUUGGUUCGAAACUCGUAUUGCACGGGUGCCGCGGGCCGAGAGGCCAAUGCGGCCACCAAUUCUCUCUCGAUCACGGCCGAAAGCUACGCCGAAAAAGUAGCCCAAGACGAGAAAGCCCAGGUAAACAAAUCAUCCGCAGACUCCGACAAAGAUGAUGAGGAAGAAAAAGAGCGGUCAAGAAAGAAGCGAGAGAAAAAGAGAAGAAAGAAGAACAAAAAGCGGAAAAGUAGGAAAGGCAAGAAGAAACGAUCAAAAUCAUCGUCCUCGUCGUCAUCCUCGUCGUCGUCGUCCAAUGAAUCCGAUGAAGACUUUGAAACGAAAGUGGCCAAAGCCAUGGAAAAGCAAGCCGCGGAGGCCAAAAAGGCCGAGGAGAUUCUCAAGACCGACGAAAGAAAACGAACGUACAAUUCCAUGGCCGGGAUAGAUGGCGACAAGCCAAUGACCGAAGCCGAAAUGGAAGCGUAUUACAGGAAACGACAACGUCCCGAGGAUCCAAUGGCUAACUUCAAAGAUGAUGUUCUGGAUCUUUGAGAGCAGAGCCUCUUUUCUUACGCCCUUUACCCGUAUGGUCCGACUCAAAUAAAUGCAUCUAUUCCCCCCUGAAAAAAAAAACAGACUACACCCAC